AGGCAGAAAUCUUUCCUAUGCCCGAUAAGCCGUUUCCCCAGAUGGAUUGAUUCGCGAUAAAGUUACCUAUCCAUUCACCCACGCCCGCCACGCCCACCUGCCCGCUCAGCGCUCAAGUGCUCAACUGACCCAUCCAUCGCUAUUCACAGUUUCUUGCAGUGCAAACUGAGCGACGAGCGAGAGCGAGAGUUCACGUCCCACUGAACCGACACCACCCAUUGUACUGUCCUGUGUUCUCGACUCUUAUAUUACGAUUGCCUCCCUUACAACAUAUCCUAAGUCGGCUUUCCAUCACAUCAUUGUCAUCACCGCGGUCCAGUUGUCAGUCACCCGGUACCUUAUCACCGACCACACAACGAAGAAGUGGGCCAAGUGUAUAUAAUCAAUCCUACCUACCCUUCUCCCACCGAACCCGAGUCCGACUCGAUCGCAUUGUCGCGAGCCUUGAUUCCACGAACCCACGAACGAACGAACGAACGUACGAACGUACGAACGAACGAACGAACGAACGAACGAACCCUUGAGCGGAUAAACAACGUUCGCGAGGAAUUAAAGAAAGAAAAAAGACAAGACGAGAACAGAUUAGCCUACUUGCUUGCCGGACAAGCCUGCGCGAACCUAUUACCUAAAACCGAGAAAACGAGGGAAAAACAAAAGAAAAGGAGAAAACAAAUAGCUAGACAAGAUGAACUUCCCUGGUAUGCCUGGCGGUGCUGCGCCCAGUGGUGGUGCUGCGCCUGGAGGAUACGAUCCUAAUGAUCCGAAUAUUAAGAUGAUGCAAAAAGCCAUGGAGUCAUGCUUCGCAAAGACCGUCAUGAGCGGAGGCGCCGGUUUCGCGCUAGGUGGUGUUUUUGGAAUGUUUAUGGCUUCGAUGGCGUACGACACCCCCUACCACUCCCCCACCACCCCCGGCACCGGCCCCGGCGCCAACCCAGCGGCCGCCGGAAUCCCAGGCUACAAGCCCGUCGACCUCUCGUCCAUGCCGCUGAAGGAGCAGCUCAAACACGGCUUCAAGGACAUGGGCCAGCGGUCGUACAGCACAGCCAAGAACUUCGCCAAGGUCGGUGCCCUGUUUUCGGGUAUUGAGUGCGGUAUCGAAGGAUUGAGGGCGAAGAAUGAUCUUGGUAAUGGUGUUGCUGCGGGGUGUCUGACGGGCGCGAUUCUGGCAAAGAAUGGAGGUCCCCAAGCGGCGGCGGUGGGGUGUGCGGGGUUUGCAGCGUUUAGUGCGGCUAUUGAUGCUUGGAUGAGGAUGCCUAGUGAGGAGGACUAAGGAAGGAGGGGUGAGAACGAACAGUAGGAGGAGAGGUGGGAGAGGUGGAAGAGGUAAGAAAAGGAGGAGGGUUAGAUUCUGUUCGUGACGAACGUUUUGGUCUGAUCUGCCUGGUCCGGUCCGGUCCGGUCUGGUCUGGUUUGGCUUGAUGUACUACUACUGGGUUUGGUGUUGAAGAAGCCAGGGGAAUGACCGGAUAGGUCUUCGGCGAUGAGACCUGGAAAAGCAGGUAACAGGCAGACUGGGCGUGCGUGCGUGUGUAUGCAUGGACAUAAGACUUGGGAUAUGGGAAACGGCGUUAAAACGGGGGUGGCAUAGAUGCUUUUUUCCCUUCGUGUACAAAUACGAUAACAUAUAGGCAUUGGACGAGGAUAGAUCUACGCUCCCCUAGCAUUUCGGGGACUCGGUUUCGUGGACGGAUAGAUGAAGAGAUCUCCAUUCUUUGUUCGUUGC